AAGGAGUGCAACAAUAUCAAUGCAGAGUGAUGUUGUGGAAGAUAACGAGAACGUGGAAAACGGUGUGCCAAAUUGCCGCAAACUUAAAUUUAUCGAUCGGCAGGGACUUUUACAGCGUGUGACAGUAGCCACCACUGCCGGAAUAUUGGGUAGCAGUAUCACGGGUGCUUUCCCGUCAUGUCCAAAUGCUGCAAAUGCGAUUGGCGAACUGCCAGAAUGGGCGUCUAACCCGCGCUUCACGCAGCACCUUGUUAUCAAUGUCCCAGAUAUGGCUGCAGCCUUAUCCUUCUACAUGGAUGGCCUGCAAAUGCAUGUACUGCGAUCCCGACUUGUAGGGGGGCAAAAUAGUACAUUUGUUGGGUAUGGACCUGAGACAUUGAAAACGCCAAAGGCCUGGUAUCCUGGUGUCUCUUCCUUUUCAAUGUACGGGGCUCAUUUCGUUCUGGAACUGAACGAGGUUCUCAAAACGGAAGAGGGUGACACCCCUGUGCUUGACCCUGGAAAUGCCGUUGCCUACCUCCAGUUGGCCGUUCCCUCACUUCGUCUCUCUAAACUGGCGGAAGCAGGGGGCAAGAUAAAAUCUGCAUACGGAUGGGUCCUUGUGGACUCUCCCGGCGGGUUACGCCAUCAAGUCAUAGUCGGGAUGCGGCGAGACCCCAUCAUGAUGCUAGCCCUGAAUGUCCCCGACGUGCAGAAAGCCUCUGGCUUUUAUGUCAAUGCCCUGGGUAUGCGAGAACAGCCCUAUCCGCUCUCACGAAUCCCAGAGUCGAUCUAUGAGCCAAAGCAGCCGAAGGGCAGCCGAUUUCUCGCUUUUAGUGAGGACGGCUUCGGGAUAUUGCUAUUGCCUCUCCCCAAAAAAGAGGCCAAAGCCGGUGUCCGUCUUGGAGGGGUAGUGGAUAAGCUGGCUAUUCUUGGGACAGAUGUAGUAGGGAAGGGAGGAGCAGAGGAUUGGAAAGCAAGCGGGGUGGAUGUGAGGUUUGCUGGGGAGGCGCCGGGCAUAGGGACCAAAGUUGCGGUAACAAACGAUCCGGUCACAGGCCUUGGGGUGGUUUUGGUCGAGGCCAACGAUUUAGAGAAGGAAUUGGUGGGAACCGUUUCGGCUGGUGAGUAA